AUGUUUGUGUCGGACUCGAAGAGGACGUCGGCCGAUCUCGGAACUCCCUGCGGAGAAGAGCUCCCAAGCCGCGAACCUGGACUGCGCGAAGUGAGUGGUGGUGAUGCCUUUGACGACGGUGGAAGUGUCGGGCCUGAUGGCAAGCGUGUCAUCCGCAGCGUUGGGGGUGUGCAAGCGCUGUCGGACGGCUUUAUCGAUUGCUGCCCGUCCAAAAUGCUGGCUGAUACAGUACUGCGGCUGGGCAAUGCAGGGCCAUUUCGAUCCGACUGUCCCAUUGUCAAGGGAAAAUCGACACGACGCGAGACAGGAGAGCUUGGAUGUUCAAGCGCUGGCUUGAAAUAUUCCUCCCCAAAUUUCACGGAGUCGCUCCAGCAGCUCAAGAAUUGA